AUGGCUACUCAAGCAGGUGUAACAACCAUGGAGACCUUCCACGAGGACCAGAUUCAUGAUGCCGUCCUCGACUACUACGGCCGCCGUCUAGCAACCUGCUCCUCCGACCGCACAAUCAACAUCUUCGAACUUCCCCCCUCAGAUGCCGACCCUUCCGCCCCCCAAAAACUCAUCGAAACCCUCCGCGGCCACACCGGUCCAAUUUGGCAACUCGCCUGGGCCCACCCCAAAUUCGGAACGAUCCUCGCGAGUGCGUCAUAUGAUGGUAAAGUCAUUAUCUGGCGCGAGGAGAAGGGUGUGUGGAGUAAGUUGAUGGAGAGUACCGUGCAUUCGGGGAGUGUGAACGCAUUGUGUUGGGCACCACAUAGCCUGGGAGCCGUCCUCGCCGCCGCGUCCUCCGACGGCCGUGUAAGCGUGAUGGAGUUCCGCGAAGACGGAUCAUGGGAUACCCGUACAUUCCCCGCCCACGCCGUCGGUGUCAAUGGCGUGUCCUGGGGUCCCUCACUCUUGCCGGGUUCGUUGGUGACUACUACGCAUGGAGCAUCACAGGAGGAAGUCCGACGAUUUGCGACGGCCGGUUGCGAUAACUACGUCAAAAUCUGGACCUACAACCCCCAAAACCUCGAAUGGUUUGAAGAAGCAACCCUCGCCGGCCACUCCGACUGGGUCCGCGACGUAGCCUGGGCACCCAACACCGGCCUCCCCAAAUCCUACCUUGCAUCCUCCUCACAAGAUAAGACCGUUUUGAUCUGGACACAGUCUGCCCCUGGAGAGCCGUGGGAGAAGAAGCCGUUGAAGACGGAGAAGUUCCCGGAUGUGGUUUGGCGGGUGAGUUGGAGUUUGAGUGGAGGAGUGUUGGCGGUGAGCUGUGGGGAUGAUUCGGUUACGCUUUGGAAGGAGAACUUGAGGGGGGAGUGGGAGUGUGUGAGUGAGAUUACUAACUAGGAAACGUUCAGAGAGAACGC